UCCGCAUUACACGUAAACAAAUAAACACAUUCUCUGUCAACCCAACUCUCCAUCUCUCCACUGUCCACUCAAGCACCUCCAAGUCACCCCGUCAAGAGUUCUGUCCAUGCGACUUAGUAUGAUGCCGACUGCGAAGAAGAAGAUGGGGUCAAUGGGCAUGUUUGUUUCAAGACAUGCCGAUGGCCCCGUCAGUGCUCCCGCCAAUGGCCCAGCCAGCCCCAGAGUUGGGACGACAACAGCAGGCCCCGCAGCAGUCGCGACUCUGCAGCCAUCGCCGCAGAUUGUUGUGUCCCGCCAGGAGAUCGCGGCUGCUGCCAAGAUUCCCGUGCCGAGGGGGGGACGAUUCGCCAACCAACCAGUCCCAGCUUCCAACAUGAGCCCCCCCGCACAACACUACCACCCAAUGCAGCGGGGCAGGGGAUCGUCAGAGACCGGUCGAGACGCUGGCCACUCCCAGAAUGGCGGCGGCAUAUGGGAGGACUCGACCGUGGCCUCCAUGUUCGACGAGACCGACAGCAGAGGGACGUCCGACAGGCACAGGGGUCAACAUGGAAGACACUACAGUGAGAACACGUACUCGAGGCCGCCCCAGUUUGAGCGGCAACGAAGCCACGACGACCAUCUCCCCUUCGUCAUUGGAGAGAACGGCAUGCUGAAGGUUGUCCAACAGCCCGCCGCUGUGAAUGGGAAUGGGCCCAGCGCCACGACCUUAAAUACCAGUGUCCAGAGCGGCAUAAAUGAACAACAGCAACAAACCUCGCGCCCGGAAGCCUCUUAUCAAGAUGACCGCCACUACGAAAAUACCCCCACCAGGAACAACAACACUCUCCGACGCACCAAGCUUCCCCAUCGCGACGCCCGCGAGGCAAAGCGCAAUUCCUUCGUAGAGCGACCUGAAGGCGGCAAUCCCGUUGACGGGGGUCUGAACGGCUCCCCAGGAAGGCGGUCUGAUAAGAGCAGCCGCUUUAUCGAGGCCAAAGUGGAAGACGCCUUGCGAGAACGCGAACGGCAGCGAGAACGAGAGCUUGCGCACAAACGCUCGACAGUCUUUGAAAAUCUCACUCCUGUCGAGGAGCCAACUUGGAACACCCAAGUUGCUGUUGGUAUGCAGACUGCGGAGGUUACCACGGACGAUAUCAGGGAAGCCCUCCACCACACGCCACGCGCUUCACGGCAGCUGCCAGCCAUCCAGAACAGCUUGCAGGGAAGCCCUCUUGCAAGAACUCCCAGCCGCCGGCGCGACAAGGCAAUCGCAACCAGAAAACGCCGACUUAGCUUGGAUUACAACGACGCGGAACUCAACGCCAUGAAUUACGCCGAUCUUCAAGGCCAGGCUUUCGACUUUGAUCCGCAAGCGGCCGCCCUGCAGCAGACAUCUGGCCCAACUGGGGACAGCAUUGAGGAUAAACUGGAGCAUUAUAAGGACAAAGAUAGCAUCGACCAGCACCGCUUCUUUGCCCAGAUCUCCUUGCAAGACUGGGAAGCCUCGGGCGACUGGUUCCUCGAGCAGUUUAGCAGCGUCAUGCAGAGAAUGAAGACGUCGCGGAAAACCAAGCGAGAGAUGAUGGUCAAGUUCGAGAGUGAGAUCUCAGCACGGGAGGAGGCGGUUCGAGGCAAAAUCGAGGGCAUAGGUCGCACUCUGCAAGACAUGAAGAAGGAGGGCCAGAGCAUGAUGCAGGGCAAGGACGUCGAAGUCUGAGCACAUGGAGUCUGGUCACAAUCAUCCCAAAAAAGGGAGGGGGGAGGGGGGCUGUACUCUACAGAAAACGAACCACUUUGACGGUGUUAUCAGGCGCUUGAUUGAUUACUGCCUAGGCCAACUCAGGGGCCAACGACGGCACGAGCUACCAUUAUCGCUACGACUGAACGACAACAGAACUAUACGACGUUUAUGACGGAACGGAUGGGCGGGAGUCAAUGCCGCAUGCAUUUGGUCAUGGAGCUACAGUAUCUUUGUUUUUCUC